GAUGCCUGAGUAGCUGUGCUCGCCAAUGAGCGUCUCCACCAGUGUGAAUGUCCUUCAUUUCUCUGUCUGGCUGCUGAACUUGCCAUCACGGAUCCCAAUUUGGAUUUAAAACGGGAAAGGAAAGCACCCCUCCGGUUCGCCGCUGCCGCUCGAAUCGCGUGACAUUCUGGAGCGUUUAAAACAACUUUAACUGCGCGCGACAUGGAGUGCCGAGUGCUGUCUAUCCAGAGUCAUGUCGUGAGAGGAUACGUGGGGAAUAAAUCUGCAUCCUUCCCUUUACAGGUCAUGGGGUUUGAGGUGGACUCGAUCAACUCUGUACAGUUCUCCAACCACACAGGUUACGCUCACUGGAAGGGACAGGUCUUGACCGCCGAUGAACUUCACGUCUUGUAUGAAGGGAUCAAACUGAACAACGUCAACCACUACGACUAUGUCCUUACAGGUUACACUAGAGAUACAUCAUUUCUGGAGAUGGUGGUUGAUAUUGUACAAGAGCUGAAGAGGGCCAAUCCUAACCUCGUAUAUGUUUGUGACCCUGUCUUAGGUGACCAUGGUUCAAUGUAUGUUCCCCAGAAUCUCCAUCCCGUGUACAAGAAUAAAGUGGUCCCGGUGGCCGACAUCAUCACACCCAACCAGUUUGAGGCCGAGUUGCUGACAGGGAAGAAUAUCAGCACAGAGAAAGAUGCUGUUGAGGUGAUGGAUCUACUGCAUAAGAUGGGUCCAGACACUGUGGUCAUUACCAGCUCUGACCUGCCGCCUCGUCUUGGGGACAGAUUCCUGGUGUCUCUCGGGAGUCAGCGCAUCUUGAUGCCGGAUGGGACGAGGACGACCCAGCGGAUCCGGAUAGAGGUGCCGAAAGUGGAUGCGGUGUUCGUGGGCACUGGUGAUCUAUUUGCUGCUAUGCUGUUGGCCUGGACUCAUCAUUACCCAACAGACCUGAAGACGGCAUGUGAGAAGACCUUCUCCGUUAUGCAUCACGUCAUUCAGAGGACUAUAUCUUAUGCUCACGAGAUGGCAGGUCCUGGCAGAAGACCCAGUCCUUCCCAGCUGGAGUUGCGGAUGGUCCAGAGUAAAGCGGACAUAGAGGAUCCAGCCAUAGUGAUGGAGGCCACCGUUCUAUAGAGCCGCCCCCUGCGCGAGCGCACCUCUCAUCCACAUCUCACCCUCCGCUCACAACUGCACAAUGUAUAGAUGUUGUACAUUUUGAUAUGUAAUGUGACAUUGCCUUAGAAUCUCAGCCAGAGCACAAGGGUUCCACUUCAAGAGAUUCAGCAGGGUCCAAAUGAGCGCUCAAGAGCCAAGAGAUGACGGCCAGAAGAGGAGGAUCAGCCUCACUCUCGUUCACACUCUUUUGUCCAUCUUCACCAUCUCUAUCUCUCUCUCUGUUUCUCUCAAAGCUCCUCAAGAGGUCCGGUUUGUCCUGCACGUAAAGCCCAGUCACUGACAGGUCCAGAGCAGGUCAGUUACGCACCUAAACUGCCAUUGAUCUAGUGUGGACCAAUUUACAAAAAACAAAAGGAUGGUGUGAUGCUUUCUAUAUGCGAGUCAGAGCUGUUCAGUUGAGAGUCAAACAAAAACUGUCAAGAAAUGCCUGGGUCAUAUUUCAAUCCAAAAUCAAAGGAGAAAUUUGAUUAUUGCAGAGAACAGAGGCUAUUGUUAGGGUUAUUAGAUUAUUAUAAUCAUGUGAGCUAAUACUUAGUCAUUUCUGUUAUCAUUUACUCACCCUUGACUUGAUCUUGACUUGUGUUUAUAUUUUGAAGAAUUUUGGAAACCUGUAACCAUUGACUUCCAUAGUAUUUGUUUUCCUACUAUGUAUGUCAGUGGUUACCGGUUUCCAACAUUCUUCAAAAUAUCUCAAGGGUGAGUAAAUGAUGAGAGAAUUUUCUUUUCUGGGUGAACUGUCCCUUUAAGGAUCUAUGCAUGGGUUUUUAUUGCCAUGAUUAACAUGUUUCUGUCAUGGCGCUAUAUGUUUGGCACUGUAUUAGCAAGAGUAAAGAGAUUUUUUUGUUGUUGUUGACGAAAAUACAACAUGCCAGAAACAUAAUGAUAACUGCAAUAAAGAUCCGAUCAUAGGUGUAUUUACUUGCUUAAAUCCAAACAGUACGGGUUUUAAUCAACCCAGGCUCAUUCUGAAAACGUACCCCUGUAUACAUUUCCGGAGAGCUCCAAAUACGUCCAGGAGGUAAAUUUUUUUGCAGUUUUUGUUUUCGCAAAUCCACCAGAGGCUGUUGUGUAGGCUUUUUGAGAUCUCAAAUUUCUCUCACGAGUGCCAUUAGUGCCUGCUGUUCUUGCUUAAAUCCACCAGAGGCCGCUGUCGACUGACUGACUGACUGAAUGACUGACUGACCCACCCUCCUCCUUUCCUAAACCCAACUGAUAAUGUUUUCAAAAGCACCGAUUGAUCCGCCCAACCACUUCCCUAAACCCAACCGACAGUGUUUUGAAAAGCAACCCAGAAAAAGAAAAGCCCUCACCUGAUUUUUUUUUUACCACGUUUUCCAAUUCUACGUCGUUCUCACUCUGUUAUUUACUUGUUUAUUUAAUUUUUUUUCCUUUUGUUUUUGUUUUACCUGCUUUCUGGAACCGUUCUUCGCCAGACUCGAACUCCGUUGUCAUGGUCAACUCCUUUCUGUGUCUUAAAUCUGUUGACGUACAUGGCGAGCUACUGAGCAAACUGGUAACGGCGGAAAAGCCAUCUACACGGAGGUAAGCGGUCAGCUGGUAGGGCAAAAAGAAACAGCGUCAUCCUGCCCCAUAGCGUUUGUUUUAAAGAUGAAAUGCAGCCAUACGUACCUCUGGCUACAUAAAUCACGGUCUCCAGAAAUGUGUACAGGGGUACGUUUUCAAAAUGAGCCUAUAUUGGUUAUAAUGUGCCAGGCAGUGCACUGCUUUCAGAGACCAUUAGAAAAUUCUCAGUUUCUCUGCGUUUACAAUUUAUUGUUUUUGAGUAAAACAUACUUUUUGCUUUAUUCUGUAAAGUACUGUUAACAUUUUAAAAUACAAAUGUUUAUAAUAUUAUUAGAUACAUAUAAUAUUAUUAUUAUAUACAAAUGUUACACAUUAUAUUACACGUUUAACAUAGGAAUUAAAAUGAAGAGUUCAGAUACAAGUGCCAUAUCAUUUUUCUCAAUGUCCUAGGUUUACAUUCAGGUAUUUCACUUUAAAUGCAAUGAAAAGAACCUAAUAUUUGCCCUAAAAGUGAAACACACAAGAGCCUGAGACAAAUUCAGAGAUGUAACUUUAAACUGAAUUGAUCUUAAUGGUCCCGUGAAGUGCUUCGAAAUAUGCAUUUUUAUUUGAUGUUUGAUCCAAACCAAUACACAAAGAGAGGGUGGGACAUUGUGUAGCCCCUCCCCUUUUUAAAAAACAGCCAAUAGUGUUUUGUUUUUAUCACAGCUCUGCCAGCGAGAGUGUUGAGCUCAAGCGCAUCAAAAGAAAAGCCAAUGAGAAGCGUCUUAAAGGGGACGGGGCAUGUCAGAUACUAGAGAGCAUUUGAUUGCUCAAGAUUUGAUGGGAAACUGAAGUAUGAGCUGACAGGAAUAAAACCGUUGAUUCAUUUAAGCGAAAGUGACAGACUUCAAGCUUUAUAUGUUUAUAUCAGUUUUAUAUCUUCUAAACAUGAAUUUUCUCACUGUUUUGCAGCACACUAGCUUACAGAUAUCUUAUGGCCCAUUUCCACUGAGUGGUACAUUAUGGUACCGUUCGCUACGCUUUAAUGGCCGUUUCCACUGUCAAAGGGAACCUAAAAGUGAACUGUCCCGUACCACAGCCGAGACAUUACACUGUAAUAAUAUAUACAUAUAAAAACAAGCCAAGGUCGACCCAAGCUCAAACAAACCUUGUGAUUGUCUUGAUGAAUAGCCACAAGGCCAAGAAAAAGAGCAGAACUACCCUGUGCCCUGUAGUUGAUUACAAGGCUGUCUAAAGCGCUAGCGGUUUCGCUUUCUUGCUUUUGCUCGCCGCAUGUCGAUAUAUGAAAAAAUUAACAUCUUUAGCUGAUGAUAAUAACGUAUGCGUGAUUAUUGAAGUGUUUCUGACAUCCAAUCCUUUCAGAAACAGACAAACGUGAGAGUGAUGUGUGAAGAAACAGGAGAAUCCCGACAAAACAAUAGAGCGAAUGAUUCCUUCAGCAACCUAAAACAUGAACAAACUGCAAUGUUUAACUAUUGUCAUCACCUUUUGCACUAUUAUGAUCUCAGAAUGGUGGAAAUUCUUUCUAACAAGAGGCUGCAUGUGCUGGUGAAGAUUAAAGAUACAUAUGAGAGGUUUGCACUGACUGGGCUAUAUGUUGCGUGUGGUUUUGGAACCCAAAUAAGGACUAAUUGUAUGUUGUGUGACGUUUUUCUGUAAUUGGUAACAUAUCGGAGACUGUAAGGGUCUGUAUGUGUUCAUAUAUGUUGCAUUUAUUUAUUUAUUUUAUAUAAUUACAGACGUUACAGUAGGCUAUUUUGCAUUGAUCAUUGAUCUGCAGUUAUAAUCAAAUCCUGUUUAUAGAAAGGUUAGUAAUGGACAUUUAUACACAAGUGUUUAUGUGUAUAAAGCAUCUGUUUUGUGAGAAGUGCUUCUCAUAUGAUAUGUGAACGACCCGUACAGCUUUACUGUGGACAUUUCCUUAAGCGAGAAUGACGUCGACUGAACUUUCUUUCACACAUUGGUACCCUUUUGGCAGUGGAAACGCAACCCUGAUAACUGACCUGUACUAUACCGUACCAUACCACUCAGUGGAAAUGGGCCACUAAAAACUAACAAUACUGAUACUAACAUCUAAAAAACUUUAUUUUAAUUUCACGGGACCUUUAAAUCUAGAUUUGUUUUCCACACAGCUAAUUUUCCUCAUGCAAAAUACAAUUGUGUAUUCUGUUGUUUUGAGGUUUACCCAGAAAGCUUUGGCUCGUGGCAGAUCUUGCUAUCUGGAAAACAAAAAAAAACUUUUUCAGCCGACCUGAAAAAGUGAGCAAGUUUGCUAAAUGUGUAUUACUGACCCAAAGCACACACUUGUGUCUCCAAUCUGUGUAUUUUAUUGGUCAUCCUAUUUUUCUGGACGAGAUGCGCUGCUGUAUUUUGUGACUUGUUGUUUAUUUUGGUGAGAUGUACUGUAAUCAUUCUUGGCCUUGCUCGUCGUGUGAAUGGUUUGAUUCUCUUUCCGUUGAGUUUGUUGUACAUCGAGCAUUUUUAAACACACCACUUUUAGCAUUUCACUUUUGUGUUCAUUGUUUGUUGCUCAGUGUAAACUAACAUCAUCAUCUCAUUUGCUUUGAACUGAUUGUAUUUGCAUCGAUAAUCUACUUGUUUGUACAAGCAGAAGAGACUUUAAAAAGUAGCGUCGACUUUUUAUUUGAUAGUAUUUUCAUAUCUUAAAAGGAAAAAGACUAGUGGGAAGUCUGAAGGGGAACUUGUUAAGAUGCCUUGACUGAAGUCGCCGCUUGGUUACAAUGCUGUGAAAGAUAAUAAUAAAAGGCAGAUGAGUUCGAUCUGUUUUUAUUCA